GUAUACUACCCAACGGCGAGUGCACGAGACGGUAGCCGCACAGACAUCACCUACAAGAGACCAACAUUAGCCUUAAAACUGUACGACACGACAGGAGAGGAAGAUAUUGAUACCGGCCAGGUAUUGGUAGAUACAGGACUGGCUGAACUUUGUGAAGAAGAAGUACAAGAAGUCGAGGAAUUCUUUCCUGUGGAUGGAGAAAGAGACGAAGCCAAGACUGUUCACAUAUCACUGGUGGACUUGGAAAACACUGCUGACCAACUCGAACGGGAAGGUGCUACUAUUUCUCCAUUAGGGUCUCGUUGUUCCAGCCCAGAUGAAGAAGCAUUGAAUCUUUGGAACCCCAUGAUGGAGGACUAUGUGUCCUCCACCAACUCUUACAGGAUUGAUAAAGAUGAUCUUGAUAUUGCUCUUUAUGGUUUUAAACCAAUUGAGAACCAAGUGUGCCGGUUUUUCCAGUCAACAAGAUCGAAGUGCUGGAGAGGACAAAACUGCCCAUUUCUCCACGUGAAGAAAGGCGAAGACGCAUCCAUGAUGGUCCAAGCGUUUUGUGAAAACAGUGACUUCACAGUAGAUCUACCCGGGCUGGGUUCGUGGGUCGGGGUACGUGUCACAGCUGUGCUUAACCCAGGACAUUUCUGGGUUCAGUUUCCAUGUGGAUCAGGACCCAUCGAGAAACGAAUCAUGGAAGCACGUCUGGGGCUCAAUAUGGACGACGGGAAGGAGAAAGAUGAGGAUGAAGAUGAAGAUUUUGAAACAAUGGCAGAAAAAAUGAACAAGUUUUAUUCACGCAACUUAUUCCGCGAUUCAUCGUCUAUUCUUCCUGCCAUGGGUGAGCUUGUCGUAGCCCAGUACUCCAGUAACGACGCUUGGUACCGGGCACGAGUGACUGACGUCAGGGAUGAAGAAUUUCAGGUUUAUUUUGUUGACUACGGCAAUACUGAAUGGACAGCGGAGCGAAACGUUAAGCGCAUGCUCCCUCAGUUCCUUCACAUUCCAUUCCAAGCAGUUGAAUGUUUUCUGGCAAAUGUGGAAACAAUAGAAGAAAAUGGAGAAUGGUCAGCCGAGGCAAACGAAGUGUUUGAAUCAUUAACACAGGACAAGCUGUUGAUUGCGCAUGUCUUGUCCAUAGCAUGUAAUAAUACGAUGUACCUAGAGCUAUAUGACACGCAGACAAAUGAGGUGAAUAUUAAUGAGGAGUUGGUCAAACAAGGGUUUGCAGUAGAGAGUACGAUCAGGAUUGUUAAACCAAGACAAGUGAAAACUGUUACUGCUAGUGACGAGGAUUCAUCUGAUUGUGAGAUCAUUGAAAUGCCUGGAUAGAUGAUGGUCAAACGGUUUGCAGUAGAAAGCACUUCUGACAGAUUCUAACGGACAGAUCAACCACAACUACUGGAUGGUGAGAUCAUCGAAAUACCGAGAUGCAUUGUUUUAGUUGACUCUGCAUUCUGUGAUUAACUGUUUAUGCGCAAGUUAAGUCUUCGUUCACAUUUCAAUAGAUCCACAUUUCAUUCUUGUAUCCACAUUUUACCCUUGCCGAGAUGCUUUGAAUUUGCAGUUGUACAUAGAAGAGCAAUAGUCAACAUUAACCAGAAAAGAAAAAGAAAAAUAUCAAAAAAUAUGAAACUAUAUGUAAUAAGUUUUAAAAUGUUAAAUUUUUUAAUGUUACGUUAAUACAAAUUCAACGAGUGUGAUUGCCUCUGUAUCAAAACUGUCAGUGUUACUGAUUAAAAUGUUUGCAAUGGUUUCUUAUAAGAACUUCCUGCAUUAAAUACUUCAUAAAAUGCUCUGCAAUCGCUGUUGAGAAAUCUUGUGAUACUUAUAUGAAAGCAUUUGGUGUGUUGAUAGAGUACAAACACUGUGUGCAAUGUGUGCAAUAUAGUUAUCACUAUUUAGCAGUAAA